AAUCAAACUAAGUGGAAACGUGUCAAAAUUAAGGCUAAUUUGAUUCUUCUUCUUCGAUCUCUGUCUACAUACAUAUUGUCCAUAUGCGUCACCCAUUACGUCCAUGAACACUGAGGAAAGUAUAAAUGAAAGAGACGAUGACAGAGUAGGAGCCCGGGAAGCUCAGAAGAAUCAUCAAAUAUGGCCAGUGUUGGAGUUACCCUUCUCCCUCUCCCUCUCCUCACUCCAUACAAGAUGGGAAAGUUCCAACUUUCUCACAGAGUGGUUUUGGCUCCCUUGACUAGGCAGAGGUCCUACAACAACAUCCCUCAGCCACAUGCUAUCUUGUAUUAUUCUCAGAGAACCACCAAAGGAGGACUUCUCAUAAGUGAAGCCACAGGUGUUUCUGACACUGCACAAGGGUACCCAUAUACACCUGGAAUUUGGACAAAAGAGCAGGUGGAAGCCUGGAAACCUAUAGUGGAUGCUGUUCAUGCAAAGGGUGGUAUCUUCUUUUGCCAGAUUUGGCAUGUGGGAAGGGUAUCUAGUUCUGAUUAUCAGCCAAAUGGACAAGCUCCAAUCUCAUCAACUACCAAACCACUGAAGCCUUCAGUUCGUGCCAAUGGCAUUGAUGUAGUGGAGUUCACACCUCCACAACCGUUAAAGCUAGAUGAAAUCCCUCAUAUUGUCAAUGAUUUCAGAAUUGCUGCUAGAAAUGCAAUAGAAGCUGGAUUUGAUGGAGUUGAGAUCCAUGGAGCUCAUGGCUACCUACUUGAGCAGUUCAUGAAAGACCAAGUUAAUGACCGAACAGAUGAAUACGGUGGAACCCUGCAAAAUCGUUGUCGCUUCCCUCUUGAAAUAGUUGAGGCCAUUGUCAAUGAGAUUGGAGCUGGUAAAGUUGGGAUUCGGCUCUCACCUUUUGCCAGUUAUAUGGAGGCUGGAGACUCAAACCCAGAAGCUCUAGGCCUUUACAUGGCUCAAUCCCUCAACAAAUAUGGGAUUCUCUAUUGUCACAUGGUUGAGCCAAGGAUGAAAGCUGUUGGAGUUAUCGGUGAAACUCCACACAGUCUCCUACCCAUGAGAAGAGCUUUCAAUGGAACCUUUAUUGCUGCUGGAGGAUUUGACAGGGAUGAUGGGAACAAAGCUAUUGCUAAUAAUUGUACAGAUCUUGUUGCUUAUGGUCGAUUGUUCUUGGCUAAUCCAGAUUUGCCGAAGAGAUUUGAGCUUGAUGCUCCCCUUAACAAGUACAAUAGAGAGACCUUUUACAUUUCUGAUCCUGUUGUUGGUUACACAGACUAUCCAUUUCUAGAAUCUACAGUUUAAACACGGAGAAGUAAGCAGAGGCUAGUAUGUGAUAGUUGUCUUAUUUCUUUCCUUGCUUGAGGGAUCUUUAUUUAGUGUAGAAGUGGAGAAUAAAUGUUCAAACCAAUGAAUAUGCAACAAGGACAUACCAUUUGGUUCAAAGUAUCUGGUAGAGUGUGUGUCAGUUGAGGGUGCCCAUAGACCUCUAUACCACGAGAUGGUAUUUGUCACAAGUUGUCUUUGUUAGUAGACUUUCAUUUUAGGCUUUAGAGUUCUACUCACAUUAGAGUCCUCAUAUUAUGUAAUUGUUUCAAGUUCAAUAUAAAGAGAAUAGCUGGAUGAUAGGUAAUUUAUCACCUAUCGCACAAGCCUUUCUCCCCAA